UCAAAGCUGACUCAUAUCAAAGGGCCUCUGGGUCUUUGUAGCACAGUGUCGGCAACAGGUUGACAUUUUGGGCUCAAAACUGUUUGGAACUUUGAACGCUCGCUGUGGGACCGAACCUCCCCUACAGCCCAGCAGGUACAGAGGGGGACAGAUCAGGACAGAGGGACACAGAGACAGAGGGAGAGGAUGAAAGUUAAUAUCCUCUCACUUUAUGUUCUGCAGUUUGCUGCAGGCCAGCGACAUGAGGAUGCUUCAUCCAAGAGCUGAGGCGUACCUUUAAAAGGAUGACAUGAAAUAAUGGCAUUAUCUGGAUGAACUCAGGAUGACUGGAUGAAUGUCUUUGUGUUUGUAGGGGAGGAAGAAGUAAAUAAGCAUUGAAGAGGGAGCAUCAAGGCCAUGGGGGACCCGCUGUCAGACUGCAGCCCCCUCAUCAGUGCAGCCGUCUCCUGUAAGCUUCGCCUGGUCCGCCUGCUGGUGGAAGGUGGGGCUCAGAUCAACGGGCGCAACCCGAGGGGAGAGACGCCUCUCCUGGCUGCCUGUAAGGCCUUGAGAGGGGAGCCUGCUGGGCCUGAGACGGUGAAACUUCUCACCUACCUGCUCCAGAACAAGGCAGACCCAAACGCACAGGACCGGGCUGGACGCACUGCUCUGAUGUACGCCUGUAUGGAGCGAGCAGGAGCUCAGGUGGCGUCCACUCUACUGAAUGGAGGAGCCGACCCCAGCAUGGAGGACUACUCCGGAGCCUCAGCACUGGUGUACGCCAUCAAUGCACAGCACCAGCCGACACUGAAGGUGUUGAUGGAUGCCUGCCGGGCCAGGGGUCGUGACAUCAUCAUCAUUGCUACAGAGAUGGGUGUGAAUGGAGGCCCGGUGACCAGGCGUUACCUCAAUGUUCCUCCAUCUCCUGACACCUCGCCGGUUUCCUGCAUGUCCCCGUCUGACAUCGUCCUCAAGACAGGCUCACCCAACUCACCUGAGGGAGAGAACAUCUUCAACUUCAGAGGAACAAGCAAAAGAGGAAGUAGCAGCAGCAGCAGCGGCAGACAUCCCUCCUGUGAGCUGAGUCCACUGAGCCAGUGUAGCUCUCCACCGCCCAGACAGAGAGUGUUAUCUGAACCAUGGCUGGCCAUUCACAACCUGGCCUGUCUGAACCAGGCUUACACACAGGGUGUGAGGGAGAGGAGCCGGCAGGAGGAGGAGGGGGACGGAGAGGAUUCAAGGAGGGAGAGAGAGGAGCCACAUUCUCAUCAGUCCAGGAUGGAAGAGAGGAAGGAGAGCGUGGUUCAAAGGAGGGAUAACAGAUUUAUAGGAGAGAAUUACAACAGCUGCCGUGAGGAUUUCCUCCCAAGACUCUCUCAGUCGGUCCUGUCCCUCACAGAGGUGAUCUCGACACCGAGCAGACUGGUCCCUAAGAGGUGUGUGACGCCUGGAGGGUCAGCAUCAGACAUCACACCCCUAAAAAGCUGUGUUGAUAAGCUUCCUGUCUGUCAGUCUCCUCACUCCCAGCUCCGCAGAAACACCCUCCCCUCCGUCAUGGUGGUUCCUCCUCUGCUUCACCUCCCGCCUUUAGUCGACCAGUCAGACACACACCUCCAGGUCCCAACACACGUGUCCACUUCCAAAAGCAGGAGCAUGGUGUUUCUGCCUCACCCGCCCAGCUCCCCUCCUCCCUCCUCUUCACCCAGAGCAUCUGUAAGGCCGGGGUUAGUCCCUCGGCUGCCGCUGGCCUCCUCUGUCACCUCCCUGGUUGCUCCACCUGUGUCCAGCUGCAGCGAGAGGAGCAGGAGGUCACUGCGUAGACACUCAGUGCAGCUUGAACAGAUGGGAGGAGGAGGAGAAGGAGGAGGAGAAACCAUUUAGGCCUUCAUCCCUCCGUAAUGUGGUUCUCUGACUUCAGAAAGCGUAGAGUUCAAGCAGCAGGCUGAAAAUGGAGCUGCUGUGGAUGAACUACAUCACACAGAGCCUCAUAAAUCCACCUGAGUGAAUAGGAGUUAAAGGGUUGACUGUCCUGCAUUGUCCGUCUGUACACUUAAUCACUGGCAUGUCCUUGUUUAUAAGAUGAUUCUUAACUUUCUUCCUUCUUAUAUACGUCAUUUUAUCCGUCUGAAAAAUGCUGGAAAUGAACGUCUGUGCUCUGCAACAUAUUCACAAGACCUUCUCUUGCUACCUGUUCCCAAAGUUUGUCUUGAAAUGGAGAAAAGGGCUUUUAGGUACGCUGUACCUGUGGCUCCAAAUCUGAUGUGUGUCUUGGGGAGCCAGUCUCUUUAAGUGUUUGAAAAGUCGACUGAAGGAGUUGGAGGAAGGUGGAGAUGCUUUGGCUAAAUAUUUGCCUCUAAAUUUGAUCCAGGAUAUGUUGAACUACUUUCCUGCUAUGCUGUAAUUCUACAUUUUUAAUUGUCUGCAGUUGUUACAUGAUGUUUGUCUGCAGCUUUGUGUAACAUGCUGCUGACUGCCGUGGUCAGGACACUCUUGUAAAGCAGACUCUUAAAUAAAUAA